AUGAAAAUUAUAACAUUUGCAUUGUUGAUGCUGGUGGCAACACUUGCAAUCACAGCCAAUGCAGCAAAGAAAAACAAAAUAAAUAAACCAUAUAUUGCUCCAAUGGGUUCCAAUACAUUGAAUGUUCACAUUGUAGCACAUACUCAUGACGAUGUUGGAUGGUUAAAAACUGUAGAUGAAUAUUAUUAUGGUGCUAAUAUGUCGAUUCAAUUUGCAGGUGUACAAUAUACAAUUGAUAGUGUAGUGGCUGGAUUGCUCCAGAAUCCAAACAGAAAGUUUAUCUAUGUGGAGAUUGCAUUCUUCAUGAGAUGGUGGCGUGAACAAACCGAAGAGACCCAAAAGGCUGUCACUCAAUUGGUCCACAGCGGUCAACUCGAAUUUAUCAACGGUGGUUGGUGUAUGAACGACGAAGCUGCCACCUACUACGACGACAUCAUCGAUCAGAUGACCCUCGGACAUCAAUUCCUAAACGAACACUUUGGUGUCACCCCAAAGAUUGGUUGGCACAUCGACCCGUUCGGACACUCCAACACUCAAGCUACCAUUUUCGGUAAUAUUGGAUUCGAUGCCUUUAUUAUUGGCCGUAUGGAUUAUCAAGAUAUUGAUACUAGAUUAGCAAAUAAACAAAUGGAAUUUAUGUGGAGAGGAUCAAAGAGUACUCCAGAAUAUCAAGUAUUCACCAGUGUUUUGAGAGCUAUGUAUUGCACUCCAUGGGGAUUUAACUUUGAGGGUGGAGAUGAUCCCAUUCAAGACGAUCCAAACUUAUUCAACUACAAUAUCCAAGAGAGAGCCGAAGCAUUCAUUGCUGUUGCUCAAGAGUACUCCACUCACUACCGUACCAACAAUGUUUUGAUUCCAUUCGGUUGUGACUUCCAAUACAUGAAUGCCAACAUGUACUUUAAGAACAUCGAUAAGCUUCUCGAAUACAUCAACGCCAACCCACAAUACGGUAUCAACGUUCUCUAUUCCACUCCAUCGAUUUACAUCGACGCUGUCAACGCUGCAGGACUCACCUGGCAAGUAAAGACCGACGACUUGUUCCCAUACGCCGACAACCAAUAUUCCUAUUGGACCGGUUACUUUGUCAGUCGUCCAGCUCUCAAGGGUUAUGUCCGUCAAUCGAACGCAUUGCUCCAUGUCGCCGAACAACUUUUGGUCACUUCAUCGGACGCCAUUCCAUCUGUCCAACAGUCGGAAUACAACAACGUCGGUGUUCUCCGUGAAGCUUUGGGUGUCGCCCAACAUCACGAUGCCGUCGCCGGUACCGAACAACAACACGUCGCCUACGACUAUGCCGAGCGUCUCUCGAUCGGACAAUACUCUACCUACGACGCCCUCGACAGUGUUGUCUCCCAACUCCUCACCCAAUCCUCGCCAGCUACUGCCCCAACCCCAAGCAUUCUUUUCUGUCCACUCUUGAACGAGUCUGCCUGUCCAGUUUUAGAUUUGCUCGCCUACGGAACCUCAGUCCCAAUCGUUCUCUACAACUCACUCUCAUGGACACGUGAUGAAUACGUUCGUUUCCCAAUCCCAAUCUCAACCGUCUCUGUUUCCACUAGCUCCGGUACUGUGCCAUCGCAAACCACCUUGGAAUUGGACGGAACUACCUGGGUAUCUUUCACAGCCCACGUUCCACCAAUGGGAUACAACACAUACAUCGUUUCACCAUCGUCCAACACCGAGAACAACGAAAUCUCAGAAGCCAAGAAGAUCGCAAAGUCUGCACAACUCUAUGAAACCGUCUUAUCGAAUCCAUUCAUUUCCGUGCGUUUCGACAGUGUUUCUGGUGCUCUCCUCUCAAUUACCAACGUUACCUCUGGUGCAUUCAUCAACAUCACUCAAGAGUAUCUCUUCUACUCACCAUCGGUCGGUGACAACUCCUCGACCCAAUGUGACGGUGCCUACAUUUUCCGUCCAAUCGGUGCCGACGCCCACCAAUUCCUCACUUCCAACCCACAGGUUUCAUUGGUCCAAGGUCCACAAGUUCAAACUCUAACUCGUUUCUGGAAUGAAAACAUGAUUCAGGUGUUCCGUCUCUACACCAACGUUGACUACUUGGAGGUUGAAGAAACCGUUGGUCCCAUCGACAUUGCCGACGGUCUCGGUAAGGAGGUGAUCACCCGUUUCAACACUUCUCUCAACACCAACAACACCUGGUAUUCCGAUUCCAACGGUAUGGAAAUGGUGCAACGUAUCAUCGACUAUCGUUUCUCAUGGGAGUACGUCAAUGUCCAGCCGGUCGCCGGUAACUACGUGCCAUUGAACGCCAUCACCUACAUCCAAGACACCGAGCAACAACUGCAACUCACAUUCUUGACCGAUCGUUCACGUUCGUGUGCAUCGCUCGGUAACGGUGAGCUCGAAAUGAUGUUGCAUCGUCGUACUCUGAUGGACGACGGUCGUGGUGUCGGUGAGCCAAUGAACGAAUCCACUCAGAUCAUCACAACGACUAAGAUUGUUUUCCACCCAAUUGGCAACGCCGCCCAGCAAUACUACCGUCCACGUGCACUCGAGCACGCACACCCACUCUACCCAAUGUUCACAACCACUCAACAAUCGAACAACGUUUGGAACAGCCAAUACCAAGGUAGCUACUCGCCAUUGAAUUUCGACUUGCCCGAAGGCAUCCGUUUGCACACACUUCAAUGGUUGGACAGCUCCGACCCCUCUGUGAUCUUGCGUCUCCAGAAUAUCUAUGCAAUCGACGGUCAAGACACUGUCAACACUCAACCGGUUACUGUCGACCUCUCCAAUUUGUUCUCGUUCUUCACCAUCACCUCAGUCACUGAAAUGAAUCUCUCAGCGACAAUGAAAUUGUCUAGCGUUAACCGUCUCGUUUGGAAGACUGCCACCGAAGUUGAAUCUACCAAGACCACCGGAAUCACCGAUGAUUUCACAAUCACCGUUUCCCCAAUGGAUGUUAGAACCUUUAUCAUCACAUUAGAAAUACAAAUAUGUAUAAAAAGGGGAUUUGAGUCAAGUGAGAAUGGUUGUGGUUUUAAAAUAUUUAAAGAGUGUUGA